UCUCUCCCCACCAAAAAAAAACUCACAUAAUAUUACAUACUAUCUCUCUCUCUCUCUCCCUAUUACCGUAAGCAAUGGUUUCAGAGAGAGUAAAGAAUGGUGUAAAAGUUGAUGAUCAUCAGUUAUUCAGGAACAGUACAAACAUGAAGAAGGUUUGUGUAAUUGGAGCUGGAGCUUCAGGCUUGGUAGCAGCCAGAGAGCUAAGAAAAGAAGGCCACAAAGUUAUCGUUUUUGAGCAAAACGACGACGUGGGUGGCCAAUGGUUAUACGAUCCAAAUGUACAAAAUGAACAUCCUUUAGGAAGAUCCAAAUUCCUUAAUGUUCAUAGCAGUAUUUAUUCUUCUUUAAGGAUUGCUUCUCCAAGAGAAAUCAUGGGUUUCUCUGAUUUUCCUUUUGUUGCUAAGAAAUUUGGGCAUGAUUCUAGGAGGUUUCCUGGCCAUUAUGAGUUGUUUUUGUAUUUGAAAGAUUUUUGUCGUUGUUUUGAUUUGAAUCAACUUAUAAGGUUUAAUACUAGAGUUGAAUACGUGGGAGUUAUUGAUCAUAAUAAAAACAGUAUUGUUGCUGGUGAUAUUCAAUGGGUUGUUAGAAGUAGAGAUUAUAAGUCUAAGCAUAAGAAGAUUAAUGGGGAUGAUGAUGAUGAUGAUGAUGAUGAUGAUGAUGAUGAUCUGAUUGAAGAAGUUUUUGAUGCUGUUGUUGUUGCUAAUGGACAUUAUUCUCAUCCUAGAUUGCCUACCAUUAAAGGAAUGGACAAAUGGAAGAGAAAGCAAAUUCAUAGUCAUGUUUAUAGGGUUCCUGAUCCAUUUUGCAAUGAGGUAGUGGUGGUGGUGGGAAACUCUCAAAGUGGGCAAGACAUAUCGCUAGAUCUAAUAGAAGUGGCAAAGGAAAUUCAUUUAAGCACAAAAUUCUUAGACAAUGUUACUCAAGGUUUAUCCAAAGUCAUUCAAAAGUAUCAAAACUUGCACCUUCAGCCACAGAUUGAAUCUCUUGAAGAAGAUGGGAGAGUGGUGUUUGUUGAUGGAUCUUCUAUAGUUGCUGAUACUAUUUUAUAUUGCACUGGGUAUUCAUAUGCGUUUCCAUUUCUUGACACGAAAGGAAUAGUUGUUGUGGAUGAUGAUCGAGUGGGACCUUUGUACGAGCAUACAUUUCCCCCUUCCUUGGCUCCCUCACUUUCAUUUAUAGGCAUUCCACGAAAGCUCAUAGGUUUCCCUUUCUUUGAAUCACAAGCAAUAUGGAUAGCUCAACUGCUGUCUGGGAAAAGGACAUUGCCAUCAUAUGAUGAUAUGAUGCAAUCCAUCAAACAGUUUUAUCACUCGAAAGAUAUUGCUGGCAUCCCAAAGCAUAACACACAUGAUUUAGCUGAAUUUGAGUAUUGUGACAGGUAUGGGGAUAACGUCGGAUUUCCACAUUUGGAGGAAUGGAGGAAGAAACUGUGUGUAACAGCUAUUAUAAAUUCCUCAAACAAUCUCGAAACGUUUCGAGAUUCGAUGGAUGACGAUGAGGAUCUUCAAGAGGCCUAUCAAAGCCCUCAUUUCACUCAACUUGAAGCUCAAGUUUUUCCUUUGGACCACAUGUAAAAGCUUCAAGAAUCAGUUCCUUCUUUCUAAGCCUUUUUGGGUGGCCAAGUAAAAUUCCACAUGUAGAGAACAGAAACAAUAUGAAAAGAAAGAGGGCAUCAAAUAUCAUUUCACCAAGUUUAUGUAUUCCAUUUUUUGUUGUUCAAUUUGUAGUGUUCCAAAAUAAUUCAGCCAUUGUUGUUAGUAUUUGUUAUACCAUCAAGGUUUUUGUCUAGUUAUAAAUUUUGAUGUUCAAGUUACUUUAAGAUAAGAUUUUCUUUUCCAAUUUAUUAGACUAUGAAAAAUUCAGUUUUGUAAGUGUUAAGUGUAAAAUACGACUUUGUUAAAUGUUUAAAUAA